AUGCUAAGAUACUUCAAUAUGAAUGGGGUAUUUGCAAUUUAUAAACCAUCAGGUAUAUCAUCAGCGAAAUUUUUGGAUCGUGUACAAGCCACAUUCACUGAAUCAAAAGUCUUUGCUCACGAUUUACAACAAGCUCGGGCAAAGAUCUUGUCUGAUUUAAAUACUGACAAAAAAUGGAGAGGUGGACGAGCAGAAAAGAAAGCUAGCAGAACAAAAGUAAAGAUUGGCCAUGGUGGCACUUUAGAUCCAUUGGCUAGUGGUGUUCUAGUGGUAGGUGUUGGAUUGGGAACUAAAAAAUUACAGUUUUAUCUUAGUGAAUGUCGCAAAACAUACGAGACCAAAGCUUUAUUAGGUAUAUCUACCACCACAGGUGAUUCAGAAGGAGAAAUUAUAACACAUAAUGAAAUUGAUCAUAUAACCUCUGAGAUGGUUAAGGAUGCCACUAAGAAGUUUAUUGGUGAUAUCAAACAAACCCCACCAAUUUUUUCUGCAUUAAAAGUUAAUGGAAAACCACUUUACGAAUAUGCAAGACAAGGCUUACCAUUGCCUACCAGUAUUAAAGUUAGAGAUGUUACAGUUUAUGAUAUUAAAGUUUUUGAAGAUGAUUUAUUGUCAACCGAUCACGAAUUCAAGACAUUGGUUAGCGAAUUGGACGAGAAUGGUGUUCCCAAAGAACAUGGUUUAGAAAAUAAUCCUACUUUGAAUGACUCUCCGUUAUACUUCAGUAGUCAAUACCUUGAAAAGUGUGAAAAAGAAGAGGUUUCCAGUGAAGUGGGCAAACCAAAAAUCUUACCCUCGGAUAAAGACUUGCCAGAAAAACUUCCUAUGAUUCAUUUUUCAUCUGAUGUUUCAUCAGGAACUUAUAUUAGAAGUUUGAUUAGUGAUAUAGGAAGAGCUUUGGAAUCUUCGGCAUACAUGGUUGAGUUAAUUAGAACAAAGCAAUCCGAAUGGGAAUUAGGUAAGAAUGUCUUCACGAUUGAAGAUUUCGAGAAAGAUGAAAGGAUCUGGGGAGCUGUAUUAAAGAAAGUAUUAGACGAUGGUGGUAAAGACAUUGAUUUAAAAUCUGAAUUUGAGAAGAUUGCAAGUGAAGUUGCAAAGGAAAGUCCAGAGCAAGAUUCCCACCAAAGUAAAAAACGAUCUAUUGAUGAGGUUGAAAACUAG